AUGAUUCUCCUCGGCAUACUUCUUAACGUCUUCAUUAGAGGCUCUCUCUCCUCAGUUGUGCCUGUGUCACCCGAGGUUGUGGAAUGUGUGGAGGCUGUACAGGAAUGUGCCUUGAAUGUGGACUGUGAGCAUCUCUAUAGGCAGCUGGAGUACUGUGUUGACGAGGAGGCUGUGGCACCGCUUUCUCCUGAGCUUCAUCAGACCUGUGUGGACACUCAGAACGCACUGCUGCACUUUCGCCCGCUGCAGGACUGCAAGUGUCAACGUGGCUCGCGCAGGGAACAGCACUGCCUCCGCGUCUACUGGACCGUCCGUUUCCCACAGGGGUACGAUGACAUUGAGACGUCUCCAUAUGAGGACAUAGAACUAGAGCUGGUGAGAAACGUGGAGAUGUCAAAACUGGCCUCUAUCGUGGCAGUUUCCUCCUCUCUUCCUCUGGAUGGACAGAAUCAGUGUCUAAAGGCAGCCCAGGACUGCGGUUUGUAUGAAAAGUGCGGUUCCCUGCGUUCAGAGUACGUUUUGGCGUGUACCAAGCGCGUUCCAGGUUUGGACCACUGCAACCGUCAGAAGUGUCACCGAGCGCUGAGGCGUUUUCUGGAACGCGUGCCUGAGGAGUACAGUUUUGGUAUACUCUUUUGCCCUUGCACAGACACGCUAUGCGGAGAACGCCGCCGCAAAACUAUCGUCCCGUCUUGCUCUUACCAAGAGAGAGAUGGUCAACCCAACUGUCUGCAUCUGGAGAAUUUCUGCCUCAGAGAUGAUCUGUGCAGGUCCAGAUUGGCUGAUUUCCAGCACAACUGUCAGCCCAAUCCUCUCUCUCCCUCUGGCUGUCUAAGAGAGAGUGGAGCUGUGUGCCUCAAAGCUUACGCUGGCCUUAUCGGUACCAUCAUGACACCAAACUAUGUGAGUAACAGCAGUGUGGAAGUGUCCCAGUGGUGUAACUGUGAGGGCAGUGGAAACCAGUUGCAGGACUGUCAGCGUAUUCUGCAUAUGUUCAACAGCAAUGCUUGCUUACGUAAUGCCAUUAACACCAUGGGUAGCUCCUCCCCACGGCCAGUAGAGAGCACACCCCUCCCUCCACCACAUCCUUCCCCACUUAUCCAACAGGACAGUUUGGACGUCAACCACUUGCCUGGAUACAAUCUGGAAAGAGAGAGUGAGGAAGAGGAGCGGGUAGGAGAAGAAGAGGAGGAAGAAGAAGAAGAGGAGGAGAACAAUGAAGGAGAGUUUAACAUCCCCCCGUAUUCCGAGAAGGCCACGGUGACAAAUUUGGGCUCUGAAGUUGGAAGGGUACACAGCUUUGCUUGGACCCCAUCCACGCCCCACCUGCUGCUGCUGCUGCUACCGCUGACCACCUCACUGAGCUGGGGCUAG